AUGGAGGAAUAUAAAUCAGCUAAUCUGUCCAAAGACAAGAGCAACAUGUGGACGCAGCAGUUUGGCCACACAGCGACUGUGAGAGUCGGUACGGAGAACAAUACGCUCAGCGUCCGCAGCCCGACCGACCGGUCUGCGGCUCCACGCCGGCGGCUGAUGACAGGCCGCAACAGCGCAGAUUAUUGGAAUUCUGGGAGAUUACCAGACAGUGGGGGGGUCGUUUUAAGCUCCGCCGGUGCUGCAAAUUACAGGCUGUCACAGGCCGACGGCUCUACCAGAGGCCCCCAGGGGCCCGACUGGGGGCCAGCAGUUACACAUAACCCCCUGAGGGCCGGACAGAGCCGCUGCAGCCGCCAGGACAAGUUUAAAUUCACUGAAAUACACAGAAACAGGAUGACACUGGAGCAGAUCAGUGGCAGCGAGCCAGAGACAAACACGGGACUCGAACACGGGACUCGAACACGGGACUCGAACACGGGACACAGGACUCGAACACGCAUUCCAGAUUUGUUCUCUGUUUUCAGUCACGUUUCUUCUGUGUGUUCAAACUCAAAACACGGGACUCUAACACGGGACUCGAACACGGGACUCAAACACGGGACCGUGUGUCUGCACUCAAACACGGGACUCGAACACGGACUCGAACACUGGACUCGAACACUGGACUCGAACACUGGACUCGAACACAGGACUCGAACACGGGACCGUGUGUCUGCACUCAAACACGGGACUCAAACACUGGACUCGAACACGGGACUCGAACACGGGACACAGGACUCGAACACAAAUUCCAGCAUUGUUCUCUGUUUUCAGUCACGUUUCUUCUGUGUGUUCAAACUCAAAACACGGGACUCGAACACAGGACCGUGUGUCUGCACUCAAACACGGGACUCGAACACUGGACUCGAACAUGGGACUCGAACACGGAACUCGAACACAGGACUCGAACACAGGACUCGAACACUGGACUCGAACACGGAACUCGAACACGGGACUCGAACACGGGACCAUGUGUCUGUACUCAAACACGGGACUCGAACACUGGACUCGAACACGGAACUCGAACACGGGACUCGAACACGGAACUCGAACACGGGACUCGAACACGGGACACAGGACUCGAACACGCAUUCCAGCAUUGUUCUCUGUUUUCAGUCACGUUUCUUCUGUGUGUUCAAACUCAAAACACGGGACUCGAACACGGAACUCGAACACGGGACUCAAACACGGGACUCAAACACGGGACCAUGUGUCUGCACUCAAACACGGGACUCAAACACUGGACUCGAACACGGGACUCGAACACGGGACUCGAACACGGGACUCGAACACAGGACACAGGACUCGAACACGCAUUCCAGCAUUGUUCUCUGUUUUCAGUCACGUUUCUUCUGUGUGUUCAAACUCAAAACACGGGACUCGAACACAGGACCGUGUGUCUGCACUCAAACACGGGACUCAAACACUGGACUCGAACACGGAACUCGAACACGGGACUCGAACACGGAACUCGAACACGGGACACAGGACUCGAACACGCAUUCCAGCAUUGUUCUCUGUUUUCAGUCACGUUUCUUCUGUGUGUUCAAACUCAAAACACGAGACUCGAACACGGGACUCGAACACGGAACUCGAACACGGGACUCGAACACGGAACUCGAACACGGGACUCGAACACGGGACUCAAACACGGGACACGGGACUCGAACACGCAUUCCAGCAUUGUUCUCUGUUUUCAGUCACAUGUUUCUUCUGUGUGUUUCUGCAGCUUUAACACUUUAAUGCUUAACAAAUCAACAAAUGUCCGUUUUAAUUAGUUUUAAUCUGUUAAUGUUUUUAUUUUCCUCUGAUAUAUUUUUGCUAAUAAUGCAGAUCAAUAGCAGCUAGCAGCGUCUGCUCUGUUAGCUUUGACUCUUCUAUAAUUCACCAGUAAUAUUAAUUUAUUAUUAAAGCUUCUCUGUUUAAUGUUCAUUAAACUGUAGCGGCCCGAGCCUCCAGGUUCAGCUGUACUACAGUUAGCAGCCUACAGACAACAGUAGGUCGAAUACGGAACCACUGAUUGAUGAUUGAUCGUUUUCUCUGUGAAAAAAACGGACUUGUGAUCUCCAUUUAUAAACUAAUGUUAGCUAGUGUUGCCCACUGUUGGCUCUCGGAGCAUAAAGGUCACAACCUUUGACCCUCAUCCUACAUAGAGACACAUAGAGACACAUAGAGACACAUUUCCAUGCGGGCGUGUUUGCAGUUAUUGUUUUAUUGUACAACGUGUGGUCUGACCACAUCUGAUGUGCGAAUGAGUACGUUUGUAGUAAGUUGUGUAAAAGGACGUUAAAGGUCAGCUGACACUUGACAGCUCUCAUAAAAGUCAUAUUUGUCUCUCUGUUGUUGUUUGUAUUUAUUUAUGUCUGCGCUGCUUUCUGGGAUGAAAAAGAACAAACUCCUCGCUGCCAGAUCCCAUCUGUGUCUCUGGCUCCAGACUCAACUGUUGUUCUUCUUCUGCACAGACAUAAAGAGUUUACAGUUGACUUCCUGGGGUCUGGCACAGGAAGCGUCUGAUGGUGGACUUUGAGCCUGUUUGUUCACUUUCAUACAUUUUCUGUACGUUAACUCUCUCUGAAGUCAUGUGAUCUGUUCAUAAAGAGCCUGUUAGCGUCCUCUGAGACUCAUCCCGAUCCCGGCUCAUGAUCCUUAAUGCCGCUUGUUGUUGGGUUGCCUAGCGACCGCCGUCCGGCUGUCUGACAGUCUGAGGAAUCAGCCGUAAUGUGGAUAAUCCUCAGCACACUGUGGGGGUAUUUAUGUGUGUAAUG